AUGAUCGACAGCAACAUCUCUGCCCUGGUGAACCAGCAGCACCGCGACAUCGGCUCGUCUUCCAGCCUGCCGACGCCGGACGGGGACGUGGGCGCCUUCUGUCCCAAACCCGUGGCUCGUGGUCGAUUGAGCUCGGCACACGCGAACGACAGCCCUGCUCUUCUCGAAUCAUCUCUGAUCUCUCCCUUCCCAUUGCCAGCACCCUCACCCUUAGACGUUCCAAGCCCGCUCCACGACACACAGCCGGAUCUCAGCCUUGACUUCGCACCCACCGUCGUCCCAGCGUCCCAUGUCUCGCUGCCUACCCCACCCAUAGCGAGAACCGCGCACAACCUACGCCUCCCAUCCUUCGACGUCUUAGGCAUUGCCGCUCCUCAUCCGGAUCGACCUCGUUUGCACGCCAAUCCUUCAUUUUCCGUAGGCGCCGGUCCACUGUCGAAGCCCGAGGACCCUCUUCAUGUCCUCAGCCCGCGCAUCUGCCAGCUCGACGGCGCCGACGAUCUUCACAGCACCAGUCCGAGGCCCGCCAAGGCCGACCUUGAUCGCAUCGUACCCAUCGUAACACCACCAACAGAGCCAGGCACCUUCAACUGGGGAGCCUUUGUGAAUGUCAAGACUAUCGCGCUUGGCUCACCACCCAAUUCCGACCCAGGAGAGUCGCCAAAUCUUGCUACCGUAGCCAGCGCCCCGUCACUAGGGUCGGCUCCCAUCGUCGUCCCCACGGUUGCAGAGGUGAGUGGUAUGCUAGGCAUGGAAGCCUGGACGCAAAGCGUAAAAGAGACGCUCAUAACCGAGUCGACCUCUGAAGCUGUGAGCUCCGUCAAGAUCCUGUCUCACGCCCUGCCAUGCCCAUCUACCACCGGCCAUCUUUUCCCACAGAUCAUCGCCGCCAUUCAUGAUCAAUCGCCUACCAACACGGCCUGGAUAAAUGUUUUUCAUGCCCUCCCCGGCCGCUUCACACUUUCCGAUCUUCCUAAAUCGCCUCCCUCUACUCCCGGUCCCGCGGUUGGUGGGGAUGAAUACUUCACCAGCAAAGUCUUCGAUAGUGCGGUAGCAAUCCCAGACUAUCAGCUUGAUUCCAAGCUCCUGCCCCCUUCUCCACGGCCCGUCGUACCCCCCGGUAGCGUCAACAUCUCCAUAGUCGAGCGCUACAUCCCGCCAACGAACACCAACGAGUAUGCGGAAAUGUUUCAACUGAAGGGUCGUUCGUUGCUCCAUGACCGAUUGGCCGAGCUGUCACCUCACAACGGCAUGUUGCUCUUCAUCUACCCCACCAAAACCGGAGCUCGCUCUUUCAUGCAACAUUAUCUCGGCCCGAUCCUCGACCCAUUGUUGCGCGCGAUUACAGUUGUACAUGACCUGUCCUCCGAACUAGGCAAAAGCCUGGGUCAGAUGAGCUCGGUGAACUACCUCGAUGAGUACGAGAGGCUGCAGGACCAGGUAACGCGCUAUUGUAGUAUGCUGAGCGAAGGCGGGUCUGGCGAAAAGAACUCGGUCUUUACGGUGGUACAAGCAUCAAAGGAAGAAGCGGUUCUGGAGAGAUCGGCAUGGGCGAACGACUGGUGGAUCAAACAAGAAAAACCUCGCAUUCGUGAGACGGUCAACAAGUACUUCCGGCAGGUUAAGAAGCUGCCCUCGUCGGAGAUGACAGGCUCGCAUCUGAUCCAAGAGGUAUUGGACGGCGUUGCGAAUCGGAAAGCCGACGAUAUCCGAUUGGAGUCGAGAGGCGUUGAAGUGGGUGUCUUCAUUAUUCGAAGAACCAUCCUGCAAGGAUAA